AUAAGAUAAUUAUGUUUUCUCAAUUACUCUAUACGCAAUUAGUGGUUUCGAGAAAAUUUAUUGCAAAUCUUCAAAGUUAAUGUCUAAUUUACAUCAAGAUUAAUAUCGAUAAUUCAUGCUACAUUUUUUGUUAAUAAUAGUAAAUAUCAAUGUACAUCGACAAAUAUUUUAUUGUAAACUAUAGAAAUAGAACACAUGUUCAGAGUCCAGGUAUUUUCUAUGUAAGCCUGUGAAUGUUUCAUUAAUACUGGACAAUCAUUAUAUUAUACACAACUUAAUGCUAAGUUACGUGUGCUCGAAAUGCAUAUGCGUAUUAUUUCCGAAGAAUACAGCUUUAAAAGUUAACAAACAUGAUUUGCAUUAUAUAACCUAUAAAAAUGGAGUACUCGCAUCUGGUCUAUUCAACAACAAAAAUGAGUAUCGUAGAAACUUUAACAAUUACUCAAACUUUUUACCACGAUCAACAGUAUUGCCGUCACAAUCGCAAGUUGUUAUUGCGGGUGCAGGAACAGUUGCCAAUUCUGUUGCCUAUCAUCUUGUUAUUAAUGGAUGGAAUGAUGUGCUCGUCCUAGAACAAGAUAGGAUUGGAAGCGGAACAUCUCACUUUGGCUCAGGCACCCUUGGACUCUUCAAACCAAUUUCACAUAGAAAUUUGAUCUCCUAUAGCAUUAAGUUAUAUCAACAAUUACAAGAAAUGGGAUAUGAUAUUGGAUUAAAACAAUGCGGCAGUAUAAACUUAGCUCAAACCAAAGAUAGAAUGAUAGCUUUAAAACGUAGGAUGGCCUAUAAUGUACCUACAGGAUUGCAUUGUGAAAUUUUAGGAAAAAAAGAACUGCAGAGAUUGCAUCCGUAUCUUAAUACUGAUGAUAUAGAAGGUGCUAUUUGGGUACCUGAAGAUGCAGUAGCUAAUUCCAGUGCAGUUUGUGAAGUUUUAGCUAAACUGGCAAAAUCUGGAGGAGCAAGAUAUAUUGAAAAUUGCAGAAUACAAGAAGUAAACACUGAAAAUGGAGCUGUGAAGAGUGUAAAGACUGAAUAUGGUGUAGUAUUCUGUGAGUACUUUGUUAACUGUGCAGGAAUGUGGGCACGUGAAUUAGGAUUGCAUUGCAAUCCAGCAGUCAGAAUCCCAGCAUACCCUGCAGAACAUUUUUAUGCAAUUGCUUCUCCUUUUCCACCUAAUUCGAAUAUCACUCUACCAUGCAUAAGAGAUUUUGAUUCGCAUUCGUACAUGAGAGAAUGGCAGGGAAGUUUGCUAGUUGGUUGGUUUGAACCAGAAGCAAAACCUGCAUUUGAAAAUGGUAGUGUUCCCAUACAAAAUUGGAAGAAUUAUCUUAAAAAUGAUCCUUCUCAUUGGAAGCUUUUAUGGGAUAAAGUUAUACAUAGAUUACCAAUUUUAAGUAAAGUACAACCAAACGUACAUAACUGUCCUGACAAUUUUACACCAGAUGGAAGAUGGAUAUUAGGAGAAACUCCCGAAGUAAAAAAUUAUUAUGUUGCCGUAGGCAUGAAUGGAAAUUCACUUCAAGGUGCAGGAGGAAUAGGAAAAGAGGUGGCUGAAUGCCUUAUAAACGGCGAAUCUACCCAAGAGUUGCUUCCCUUUAGUGUUCAAAGAUUUCUUGAUUUGCAUAGCAGUAAACGGUAUUUACAGCAAAGAACAAGGGAAAUAGUAGGCAGAAAUUAUGCAAUUCUAUACCCUCACCAAUGUGAGUACAAAUAUGCUCGGAAAUUGCGUUGUUCUCCCUUAUAUUCGGUACUUGAAGAAAGAGGUGCGAUUUUUGGAGUCAAGAUGGCCUACGAACGACCACUUUACUUCGAUUCUACUUACAGAAGAGGUCAGAAAAAACCAGUUAUGCCUCGAGGUAGCUUUUACAAGCCAAAGUUCUUCGAUUUUAUGAAAGAAGAAUUUCUUGCAUGCAAAGAAGGAGUAGGAAUUAUAGAUAUGAGCUCAUUUUCAAAAAUUAAAAUUAAAUCUAGUCGUUGGGAAGUUGUGGAGUACCUUCAACAAUUGUGUUCAAAUGAUGCAAAUAUACCAGUUGGUGGUAUAGUGCACACAGGAAUGCAAAAUGAACGAGGUGGUUACGAAAACGACUGUAUUUUAGUGAGACAAUCAGAGAAUAGUUACUUCAUGGUUUCACCAACGUCUCAACAAACGCGCAUUUAUCAAUGGAUGUCUAGACAUUUACCAGCAGAUCAUUCAGUCGGCCUGAAUGAUGUAACUUCAAAGUAUACGGUAAUCAAUUUAGUAGGUCCUAAAGCUACAGGCCUGUUAUCCGAGCUUUCUAAUUCUAACAUUAAUCUAUCUCCUUUCACGUACAAGACUGCAAACGUAGCAUACGCCUCAGACGUUAUGAUAAUGUCAUUUACAAACACUGGUGAAUCUGGUUACUGCUUAUAUAUACCUUCAGAGUAUGCGCUACACGUAUAUGAGACGUUAAUGGAAGUAGGUAAAGAUUAUGGGGUACGAGACGUGGGUGUUCUCACACAACGUUUUAUGCGAAUAGAACGAUUUAUUCCCUUUUGGGCUGAAGAGUUAACACCAUUUGUUACCCCAUAUGAAGCUGGAAGUGGAUAUAGUGUAAAGUUAAAUAAGGAGUAUUUCAUUGGAAAAUUUGCUUUGCAAUAUCAAAAAGAGCAGGGUGUGACGAAACGAUUAGUAUUAUUCGUUGUUAAUGAACUGGAUAUAAACAAAGACGUAUGGCCAUGGGGUGGAGAACCUAUUUAUAGAAACAAUAAAUUUGUAGGAACUGUGACAUCAGCUGGGUAUGGUUUUGCAACUGAGAAACAUAUUUGCCUUGGUUUCAUUAGUUUACCUGGAACAAGGCAUGCGCAACCGAAUAAGAAUAUUGUUACAACAGAUUUUAUAAUGAAUCCUAUGGCUCGUUACGAAAUCGAUAUUGCUGGUACUAGAUUUCCUAUUAAGCCUCAUAUUUAUCCUUUACCGAUACCAGCAUUGAGCACUAAAUUAAAUAAAAAAUAUAUUCCUACCCCUAUCAUUGGAUAUGAAAACGAUGCUUUCCGAUAUUAAAAAGGAGAGGCCAAUUUCUUGCUUUUUGACGAGGUUGCAGAUAGUCUGAAUUAUUUAAACGUAUUUAUAAUUUUAUAGUUCAUAUUAUACUUUUACUAUUUUAAGUGAAACGUACUUAUACAUUUACUGAAAAUAUAUAAAUAUUUAAAAUUU